CGAAGAGGAAGAAAUAGAGAACAGAGUAAUAAAUCAUCAAUGGACGUCACGUCGAAAAAAGACCAAGGCGGUUCUAAGAGGUACAGCCUUCGCCCAGUUUCGCGCGAGUCUCGAAGCAAGCUAGCUGUAUUGGCGGCUUUUGAGGACGAGGAGGAAGAAAUGUGUAACGAAUGUUUCAGUGAUUCUACACGGCUACGAAGAUACCCCCAUUUGAGGACAUCAAGGGACUGCGCCACUGUGAGGGAAAGAAAUCGAAUGCAUAAGUUGAACCGGGCGUUCGAAGAAUUGAGAAAAGUCAUUCCUAAAACAAGCUAUAACGGAGAAGAGAAACUCUCAAAGAUCGCUACUCUAAGAUUAGCGAUUCACUAUAUUUCUGUCCUAUCGAACAUCUUAAAACAGGACUCUGGGGAAGAAAGAGACGAAGACGAAAUACAACCAACGAGUAAAAGACAACGUCUGAGCGACGAAGAACAAGAAACGGCCUCUAAUUCAAGUAGUAACGAAUGUGGGUCCGAGCACUCCCCUGAAGGAAUCUUCUUUAAUGAAAGUAAGUGCCUCUAAGCCCUAUUUAAUAAAAAGUGUACACAUAACUUUUGUUGCUCGCUCAAAGACGACAGGUUCCGGCUUUUCGUUUGAAAAGGUGGCAAAUUUUACACCUAACUUUGGGGUAAGGUGUACAAAAGCUUCAAGGGGGUGAAAUCGAAUUUAUGCCCCCAGCGUAGAAUGGCUAAGCAAUGUAAUUUUCUUCGUGCGGAGCGGUUGAACGUUCAAAAAUUGAGACACAUUCGUUCAAUAUUUAUUUCGAUGUUACCGAACGUAAACAUGUCUGGUGCUUUUAAGUGAGCUUAGGUUUAAAUCUCCAUAAGGUUAAUUGCCUUUAGCCUCCAAUUUGCGGGUUCAAGUUCUUUUAAAAGGUCUCCAACUGUUUUUUAACAACAGAAUUACCCUUUUUUUUAUUAUACCAACACUAAGAAGUGCCCGGCUUACCGUAGCCGGUUUAAUCAUUUGUUCGACAACUUGGUCAGUGCAAAUAAAAAUCCUUGCGAUCAGUCUGGACCUCGUACUAGUCACUGUUCAAAGAACGACUACAUUUUAAACCUGUUAGUUCUGUGCCGGUGUACACUAUAUAGAGUAUUACAUUUUCCUGUGGCGAUUUUUCACAAGACGGCUCUGACGUUUAAGUUAAUGCGUGAAACACCCAUGGAAGCUUUCACUGCGACAGUCGCUCCAUGUAUUUGCUGUCACUUUCAAGGCAGUUCAAUAUUUUAAAUUGUGCGUGAAAUCUCAAAGCCUCCCAUUACGAAUGAGGCCAUGCACUGAGCAGUCCUUCAGUUACAUCAGGUGCUUUCAUGAUCUUGUUGUAUAAGGUGGCUUUCUCCUCUGAAUCUGUCUCGAUGAAGUCUUAGUUUUGCACCAGACGAAAGCUACCUUUGCAGAAUAUUAAUAUGAUAAGUUCCCGAGGUUUUUUAUUAGUCUUGUUUGCAGUUUUAGUUAAAAACCACUGAGCUCACUGAACAGUUUUGUUGCCUAGGUUUUGACUCUGUUGGUGAAAAUGUGUCCAUUUAAUAUGAAAAUUAAACUAUAUGAGUUUCCCAUGAUACUGUUUGUCUACAAGCUAGAAGUUAAUGUCUGAUUCUGAAGUUCUGAAAAAAUUUGGUCACUUAAACUGAAAUCUCGACUGAGAGCGGGUUCUUUCCUCUCAACUGUUUAUUGAGUUGUACAAUAUUAUCAACUAUUUUCCACUUAAAAUAUGACAGCCCAUAGAAGUUUUGAUCAACAAGCACUGCAAUUUCGUGUUGAUGACCUUUACGGAUAUACUGCUCAAUUAUGAGGAAUCGCUAAAAAUCUGUAAAAUCUCUAUUUUACACUUGCAUGGCGGUAGGCAUUAGGAUGCAAAUAUGCGGUUUUGUAUUACCAUAUUUACCCCUGGUUUCUUCGAAGUUUGCACUUUUUUGCCUCAAGGAAAUUAAUAUAUAGUAAAUCUAAUUUUGUAGAGUGUGUAUACCAUCCAAAACGCGUUCUCAUAUUAACGUGACCACCAUUAAUCGAUUAAAAUAAUUGUUUGUUUGCAGGUUUUUGGUGUGGAACACUUGAAGAGUUUGUUGGCCCAAACUGGGACGAAAUUACACUCAACGAUGCCCUUCAAGCUUACGCCAUCAGUGACAUCUGA